AGGGUGUGUGGGUUGACGGUCGAGCGACGGCCCAUCGGCUGAGAAAAAAAAGCAACACCAUGUGAAGGAAAAGUAUUUAAAAAGGGACACAGAAAGCAAACUGCGAGGGUGACGACUUCCUUCUUGGUCUGAGCGCCGGGUCAGCGGUUCGUGGGCUCGGCACGGAGCGAAUGGACAGAGCCGGAGAGGAGCUGAACGGUAGCAGAAAGGUAUACCAUGCCGACAAGUGAUGGCCCUAGCCACCUCCCAGUGUUUGUGGCUCCACCCCACAGCAAUCACCUCAGGUCUCCAGGUUAUGUUCCUGGGCGGGUGGCACCAGUUCGCUUGCCACCACCGGCCAAAGCUCCACCACCUCCACCAAUUAAACCUCAUGUUCCACUGCCAGAGCACCGGGCCGCUUUCCGGGUUUCAGAGGAAACUCAGCAUAGAGAGCAUGCUCGAAACACUCGGAAAAGAAAGAACACAUUAAUAUGUUUUGGAGUGUCAGCGGGGACCUUUUUUCUCUUACUCAUCAUUGUCUUCAGCCUCAGAAGUGGUGAUGUUUUAGAUGAAAAUUGUCCAGACCACAAUCCAUCCCUGAGUAGCUGGAAUCCAGGCCAUCAACCAGACAAGGCUGUGGUUGUCAGGAAGGGAAACUUAUUACGAUUAGAUUCUUCUGCUACUUUCCGUUCCCUCACCAUCCAGUCAGGAGGUCAGGUUGUUUUUGCAGAUGAUGCUGAAGGUUCUAAGAAUAUAACUUUGCGAACGCAGCAUAUCCUUAUUGAAGAUGGCGGAGCCCUUCACAUUGGUGCACCCAAAUGUCGCUACCGUUCCCGUGCCACCAUCGUUCUUGUUGGCCGUUCUGAUGACAAAGCAAUCCCUGAAGUCCCUGGCCUGGGUCGUAAGUUCAUUGGGGUCAUGAGUGGUGGAACUCUGGAGCUUCAUGGUUCUGAAAUAGUUUCCUGGUCUCUGCUUACUCGAAGCAUUCCAGCUUCUGGUUUGGUGACGGGGGGUUAUGCCUUCCAACGCAACUUCAGCCGAGGUAUCAAUCUACGUGUGGUGGACCAAGACACAGCUGAAAUGCUAUUACAAGAGCGCUAUGACACACAUGACUCUCGUAAUGACAGUAGAAGGCUGACACAGCUGCUUCGGUCCUUGCCUGCGGGUCGUAUUGUUACACUGGCUGUAGGAGACUCAGCUGUUAAAAAUCUUCUUGAUGAAACAAAGAAAGCCAUCGAAGAGAAACUUGGCAGCAGCUAUGUCUAUGAUCUCAAAUACAGACAAGCGUGGGCUCUGGUAUCAGUGGUGGAUGGUGGUAACACAUCAUGCACUGAGGACGUUAGAGAACACGAGAACCACAGUACAGGAGGAAGAGCUUUGGCAAGGCGGAACUUCACCACUGUGGACGGAGUUGGAUUCUCAGUCACCGCCUACAGUGAAUGGAAGAGUGGUGUUGCCAUAUCUGGCUUCCAGGUGGAUGCUGUGGAUCAAGUAGUGCUAAACCUUCAGGAUGAAGUGCAGCAGACCUGGCAACCUGGUGAUCAAAUUGUGAUUUCCAGUACAGACUACUCAAUGUACCAGGCAGAAGAGUUCACCCUGCUGCACUGCCCUCAGUGCACCAGCAGGCAGGUCAGGAUACAAGGGAGGCCUCAGUACAACCACGUCGGAGAAAUAAUUGAUGGAGUCGACAUGCGCGCCGAAGUGGCUCUGCUCUCCCGGAACAUUCUUAUUUAUGGAGAAACGGAAAACUCCUGCUACGGAAACAACAGGUGCCAGUUCUACAACCAUGACACCUAUGGAGGCCACAUUAAGAUCUUCGCGAACUUCUCAUCAGUGCAUCUAUCGCAUGUGGAGCUGAAGAAUAUGGGCCAGCAGGGAGAGAAAGGCAGCUACCCGCUUCACUUCCACAUGUGUGGGGAUGUGGACCAGAGGGGUGGCUACUAUGAGCCCACCUUUGUGGAUGGACUAUCUAUUCAUCACUCCUUCUCUCGCUGUCUCACCAUUCACGCCACAAACGGCCUGCUGGUGAAGGACACUGUUGGCUAUGACACGUUGGGCCACUGUUUCUUCCUUGAGGAUGGGAUUGAACAGCGAAACACUUUCUACCAUAACUUGGGAUUGCUGACUCGACCUGGGACUUUGCUGCCCACUGACCGCAAUGAGACUGUCUGCACCACCAUCAAGGACAAAGUCUACCAGGGCUACACUCCCUCACCGAGCACAGAGUGCAAGGCAGUUUCCACAUUCUGGAUCGCCAACCCAAACAACAACCUCAUCAGCAAUGCAGCUGCUGGUUCUCAGGAUGCUGGCAUAUGGUUUGUGUUCCACAGCUCUUCCACCGGAGACUCUCAUGGACUGGUACCAGAGACCAAGGCAGAGCUCACUCCUCUGGGGAUUUUCUACAACAACCGCGUGCACUCCAACUUUAAGGCGGGGCUUUUCCUUGAUAAAGGAGUGAAGACUACCAAUGCCAGUGCUGCUGAUCCACGAGAAUACCUGUGUCUGGACAAUAAUGCCAGAUUCCGGCCACAUCAGAAUGCUGAUCCCAGUCGUCCUCGGGUGGCAGCACUCAUUGAUUCUCUGAUCGCCUUCAAGAACAAUGACUUAGGAGCGUGGAUACGUGGUGGUGACAUCAUCAUCCAGAGCUCGGGAUUUGCUGAUAAUGGAGUGGGAUUAUCAUUUGCCAGUGAUGGCAGCUACCCAAAGGAUGAAGGCUCCAGCCAGGAGGUGAAACAGUCUCUCUUUGUGGGUGAGAGUCGAAACAGAGGGACCAAUGGAGGCCAGAAUAAAUACUGGGGCCUGGGAGGGGCUGAUGGCAAGUUGAGGACACUUCCUAGAAACAGGACAUUCCCAAUCCGAGGCUUCCAAAUCUAUGAUGGUCCUGUGCGGCUGACACAGAGUACAUUCCGUGGAUUUUUCCCGACAGCAGAGCGUUUUACCAGUGCAGUAGGAUUCAACCUGAAGAACACCUGGCAGCUCACCCCACGCAAUAACCUGUCCAGACUCAGCUUCCACUCCUCUGUUGGUCUGAGGGCAUUUUUUGGCCGCCCUGGCCAGUGGUUUGAGGAGAAUGACCUUGAUGGUGACAAGAACUCAAUCUUUCACGAUGUGGAUGGGUCAGUGACGGGAUACAGAGACACCUACGUUGGCAGAAUGGACAACUACCUGAUCCAGCAUCCGGGCUGUGUGAACAUAUCUCAGUGGAAUGCAGUGAUCUGCAGCGGCCGCUACUCUCAGGUGUACAUUCAGACCCAGGGAGCUCCCAGUCUCAGUCUGUCCAUCAGCAGAGAUGAAUACCCUGCUGUCCCCCUGGUACUGAGGGGCAUUAACAGCCAGGGGGCACUGUCGCAGCAGUACCAACCUGUCUUGAUGAUGAGCAAGAGCUACACUUUGCACUGGAAUGGAUCAGCACCCCGAGAGGUCGUCCUUUCCCUUAUCAACUUUGACGCAGGUGACUGGGUGCUGGUUGGACUCUGUUACCCAUCAGACACCACGUUUCAGAUCAUGGCUGACAUCAAUGAUCGGCAGAGCAACACCUUUGAUGACAUCACAGACUAUGGCACUGUGUCAUCUCGAACAGAGCUGGAAAAGAAACCAAUGGAACGAAAGUACUUUUUUGACCGCUCUGUUGGCUUGUUGUGGCUCUACCUUCGGGCGAGGCACGGCCGUGAUGGCCACAGCUACUGUUCAGUAAAAGGCUGUGAGAGGGUGAAGGUCAUGUCGACCACAUCCUCCAAACAGACCUGUAACUGUACAGCCAAGACUUACCCCAAAUAUGCCAGCACUCCAUCAGCAGUGGUACCUAUGCCAGCCAAAAACACAAAACCCUGCACAGACUGUGGCACUAAACAGCUGGUGUUUUCCAGUGAGCCGUGGACCUCCUACCUCCAGACGCAAAUCAAAUCUCUCAGCAGAAAUGAGCAGCAGAGUGGAGACACCAGCUCUUUUAUCACUGUGAAUGAUGUAACUAUGUCCUUCACCCAGCCUGGUUAUUUUUUGGUCACUGUGGAUGCCUGCUCUGGAAAAGUUGGCAAGGAAUCCUUCUUUUCAAAGAUGGAUGUAAAGAUGGAACAAUAUCUAAAAGCUGGAAUCCCAAACAGGUCCAUCGUGCUUAUCGCAUCACGAGGGCAGCCAGAAGGCCUGGUUGGUUUAGCCCCCUAUAUGCUCACCUUUGGAUUGGCCAAAUCACCUGAUCUGCGCAGUAAAGAGAGUCUGGCACUGUGGGGGUUUCAUGGCAGUUCCCCUGCCCCUCCAUGGGUUUCACUCCAAUCCGGAGAGGGCAAAGAGCUCCUGGGACUGCAGGAGCGCUACCUGCCACUGGGUUUGGAGAUGUACGGCUGUUCACCACCUGCAGCACAAACACGCAAAGACCUAGAGCUACUCAAAAAAGCCACAGGACUACAAUGA